GUAACGUUUCCAGGCUUCAAACUUUUCCGCCAAUCAUUAUCCGGGGAGAGGCCCCGCCCCCUUCUCCCGGGGUGACAUUGCUUGUCAUGGCUCUGAGAGCCGCACUGCGCUUCCCUCCGCCUGUGAUCACAUGGGGCACCCGGGGGAAGAGCGGGCAGGCUGCGGCAUCUGCGGCUUACUGUGCGGAGCUGGUGAGGAAGAGGGAUUAUGAAGGAUUUCUGUGUACGCUGCUGUUGCCUCCUGAAUCCCAGAAGUCUGUUUUUGCACUAAGAGCCUUCAAUGUAGAACUAUCACAGGUGAAAGAUUCAGUAUCUCAGAAGAAUCUGGGGCUGAUGAGGAUGCAGUUCUGGAGGGAAAGUAUUGAUGAAAUAUACAGUAACAAUCCGCCACAUCACCCCGUAGCGCUUGAACUGUCAAAGGCUGUUCAGAAGCACAAACUGACAAAAAGAUGGCUGACCAGAGUUAUCGACGAGAGGGAGAAGAACCUGAAUGAUCGGGCGUAUCGUAACCUUAAAGAGCUGGAAGCCUAUGCAGAGAACACCCAGAGUUCAUUGCUGUACUUGACCCUUGAGACUCUUGGCGUCCGAGAUGUUCACGCAGACCAUGCUGCCAGCCACAUAGGGAAAGCUCAGGGGAUCGUGACCUGUCUGAGAGCCGUACCUUUUCACAGCAGCAAGCGUCAGGUCUUCCUUCCAGUUGACAUCUGCAUUCUGCACGGAGCUUCGCAAGAAGAUUUCAUCAGAGGCAGCCAGGAGAGAAAUGUCAAAGAUGUUAUAUUUGAUAUUGCUAGUCAGGCCCAUGUACAUAUGGAACAUGCUCGAUCUUUUCAGAACAAAGUUCAUAAAGCUGCCUUUUCUGCCUUCUAUGUCACAGUUCCAUUGGACGGGUAUUUAAAAAGACUACGGAAGUUGGAUUUCAAUGUAUUCCAUCCAAGCUUACAUCGGCGUGAUCCCUGGAUUCCACUCUCUUUAUAUAUUCAGUCCUGGAGGAAAGUCUAUUAAAAUUAUAU